UCCGCGACAGGCAGGAGAGACGACGCGCUCGCAGUGUCAACGGGUUCCGCAGGGUUCAAGCAGGCACAAGCAGGUUCAAGCAGGCUCAAGCAGGCUCAAGCAGCAGUGACAAUGACGCAAGCGACGGGUGACGCCCGCUGCGAGACUUGUCUGGUGCCGUGCGAGCGCUGCGUCGCUCGUUCAGCCCACUGACACGACACUCUACCGACCGACCGACCCGACGACCGCGCGAAUACCGCACAAAUGCCCGUCUCCAUGCCCAUCCACACGCUCAAGGGCAACUGGCACAAGGUGGCCGCCAACGACCGCCUCCGGCGCUCGUCGCACGCCGUGGCGGUCGUCAACGGCCAGCUGCACGUGUUUGGCGGCGAAGUCCAGCCGCGCCAGCCCGUCGACGCAAAGGUGGACACGGUUGCCCUCGGCACCGACCCAGAAUCACCCGCGCACGACGCAAUAUCCGCAGACAACGCCCCCUCGCCGCGCGUCGGCACCGCCUCUGCGGUCCUCAACAAUGCCCUGUACAUCUUCUCCGGCCGCGGCGGCGCUGACAUGGCGCCCGUAGACGAGGCCGGCGCAGUGUGGAAGUACACGCCCUCCGCACACACGUGGGAGAAGGUCUCGCCCGCAGACGCCUCGGCGCCCGUGCCGGCCGGCCGCAGCUACCACAGCUCGGCGUCGGACGGCGCAUCGACCGUGUACGUCCACGCCGGCUGCCCUGCGAGCGGCCGGCUGUCCGAUCUCUGGGCCUUUGACGUCGACAGGCGGAGCUGGACACGGCUGCCCGACGCCCCUGCGCCGCACCGCGGAGGCGCGAGCAUGGCCUUUGCCAACGGCACGCUGUACCGCAUGAACGGCUUCGACGGGUCCGCCGAGGUCGGCGGCAGCGUCGACAUGUUCGACACGGGCUCCCGCACAUGGCACACCAAGACCUUCAAGCCCGACGGGGCCGACGGCCCCGCGGCGAGGAGCGUGUGCGCGCUGCUCCCUGUGCAGCUGGGCGGCAAGCAGAAGCUGCUCACGCUGUUUGGCGAGCGGGACCCGAGCUCGCUCGGCCACGCGGGCGCCGGCAAGAUGCUGGGCGACGUGUGGAUCUACGACAUCAGCGAGGAGUGGUGGACCGAGCUGCACCCCAACGCCGGCGACGACGGCACGCCCGCAAACAGGGGCUGGUUCGACGCCGACGUCGUCAGGGCCGAGGGGACAGGCAAUGACAGCAUAGUCGUGCACGGCGGUCUCGGUGACGACAACGAGAGACUCGGCGAUGUGUGGCUGCUGAAGUUCUAGUCGUGCUAGUGUGCAACAAAUACAACCUCACCACGCACUUGCAUCAAACCUCACCACGCACUUUUAGUCAAAUCUCACCACGCACUUUUAGUCAAAUCUCACCAUCCCCUACCGUCUCCCCCCAUCACGCACUUGCGUUAAAUCUCACCAUCCCCUACCGUCUCCCCCCACCACGCACUUGCGUUAAAUCGCAGUCUCCCGUUACCUUUCCCGAACCUCUCGUGUUUGACC